AUGAACCCGAGCCCAUUCGUCGUGAAGAGCGCUUCCUUUCCGGUACCACCCGCAACGGAAGAUGUUUCGCAGAUGAAUGAAAAUGUAGAUGACGUUCGGAGCUUUCAAGAUGAAAUAAACGUAGAGGUAGAAGUUGAAGAAGAUGUGGAAGAUUUUGGGGGCGAGGAGCAUACUUCUGCCGCCCUCGUUGGAACGCGGUUUGCGGGUGAUUUUAUGGCUCAGACGCUCUUUCCCGGAGAUAAUGCUCGUUUCCAGAAUAUUGCAGCGCGUGGUUUCCAGGAACUGCAAAGACGUGCCGCGGAAUUUGCACACACGUGGCGACUUGAGGAGUUGGGUAGCCAGGGGCAAGGCCUUUUAGCUUCGCGUAAUAUUGCCUGCGAUGAAACCGUGUUGCAGGAAAAUGCUUUGGUGCUUCACGUGACAAAGGUUAAUGCGGAACUUGAUUCAGCUGUCGCGGAGGUGUUGAACCACCAGAACGGUUGCCAGAUUACCCAAGGCAGUCCCAAAAAGAGACGCAGGAGUGAGAAUGGAACUGGCUUCGAUGAGCAGUCAGACCAAUUCACUAGCGCAGUCGCCGUGAUUCCUGGCACACCUGUACGAAGCAAAAACGCAGAUAAACUUUAUGACGUGCUCGAAAAUCGGAAGCACCAGCAUCUGUUUGAAACUCUGUCGCCCGAAGAGCAGGGACUGUUUCUAAAUCUUCAUGCCUUUGCCUCGCGGGGACGCUGGGUAGAACGGAGCGAGAACAGAGCAACCACACAGAGGACGGUCCUUGCAUGUGAUGAUAUCUGGUACACAAAUAGUGCAUACGGGUACUUCCAGGAGCGUCGUUCCGGUGUAUCCGCUGUUUAUCCGCUUUUUUCCAAGUUGAAUCAUCAGGGCAAUCCAAACUGUGGCUACGGCGUCAAUGUGAGUGUGACAAGUACUGCAGGAGAUCCUGGUAGAGGUAAUUCUACUACUUAUGAUGUGAAAGCGACAAUCACAGUGGAAGCGAUACAGCCGAUUCAAGCUGGCGAGGAAUUGACGGUUUGCUAUCGCGAUGGGGCGCCGAGGCACGUAAGUAGACAAAACGUUGUUGAGACAUUACGGCUUCGUAUGCGGUUGUGGCCGAUGUCGUGCCUGCCUAUCACGACAUGCAGAAGCUGGAGAUAG